CUUCAAAUGUACAAUCAUUCCAAUCUAUCAUACACAAAUACAAAUAAUAUGAACCGUUAAGAAUUGCAAGAGUUUAGAAAUUAUGUGCGUAAAGCUGCUUAAGCUAAAAUGGAUGGAACAGAAGAUAAGUAAAGAUAAAUUGCUAAAACAUUUCAUUUGGAUCAUAAAAAUUUGAUGUCAUUAAAUUAGAGCCCAUUACAAAGUAAGAAGUUGCAUGUCGAUCAUGACAUAUCAUAACACCAUCACUUAGCAUCCUUAUCAGAUUGGAAGAAAUUUGACAGAUCUACAUCACAAAGUUAUGUUUCUUUUGACGCCAAUACUUGGAAAGAAGAUCAAAACAGUAUGAGGUAAAGAAAGCUGUAAACACCAUCUUUGAAUGCAGCUGACUUAAUUAAAGUGAAUCGAACACUCUCAGGAUUGAGUACUAAAGAAAUCUAAAAUCUGAGUGGCCAAUAUUACCACUAAAUUCAAGAAUUAGAACACACAGUUAGCUCAAUGUUGAGAAGAAUAGAUUUCAUCUAAGCCUCAAAAUCCAAUUAUUGAACAUAUUAUAAUGAUUAUAUAAUAACAUGAUAAUUAUAAAAUUAUUGCUUA